CUAAUCGGAUUAGGCGACUAUAGGUUAACGGGCUGCUGUCUCUCUCUGCCCUACAUGGGACGGUCGUGUGCGCAGCGUUUUUACUUUCUGUUGUAGCUCCACUUUUUGCUUAACCUGAAUCGUAUUUCCAUUAAUGUGCACUGGAACCGGAUAACUGUAACUACAACUCAACGUGGUUUCGUUUUUGGGGGCGCGCGAAAAGAACGUCUCACUUCGUGGGGCGUUCACUGCUCAGAUGGGCACAAUGUCAACAACUCUCCGAAGAUGACUGAUGGGUAACUGCACGCGCAACAUGCUUAACUAGUAGGCUAACACAGAUCAAGGAGUUUGUGUGAUUUAGGCUGCCGUAGGCGACGUAAGUGACUUUUUAAGUAGACCUACGGUAGUUUUAUUUCGCUCCUGUCUGGAGAGACAGCCAGUCCCAUGCCCUCGCCCCGCGUGCCAGACUGCACUAUACCCCGAGGACAGUGCCCUAGACUCGGGGGUUAGAUGGUGCUUAUCACGGACGACAGGGAUGGAGGAGGCGCUUCGUCGGUCCGGGUCAGACAGCGCCAGCAGCACCAAAAAGUCGGGGGAAACAUCACCCAAGUCCACCCGACCAUAGUCGAGGAGCCACUGUCCAACUCUGACGAGGACUACCUAGGCUCGUGCGAGGAGGACGAUGAAGAGGACGACGGUGGGGAGGAAAACGACGAUGAAUUCGAAGAAGUUGACUUUGAGGACUUGGAGGAUUGUCGGAGCAUCGUUUCGGACGACUCCUUCUACCCGCCGGAUGAUGUGUUCGCGGACUCGGAGCGCACCCCGUCUCCGGAAAGCCCGCAACCGCUGUCUUUUUUCCAGGCGUGCUGCACCAACAACGCGGCUAUCGUCCGGAUAAUGAUACGGCAUGGGGUGAGGGAGGAGGAGGUCAAGGAGAGCGACAGGAAUAACAGGAUAGGGCUGUUGGUUGCGUGUUACCAAGGUUACGUGGACGUUGUCAUAGCACUGUCUCAGUGUCCGUAUCUGGAUGUCAACUGGCAGGACAGCGAGGGAAACACAGCUCUCAUCACUGCAGCUCAAGCAGGCCACAUAACAAUCACCAACUAUCUGCUCAACUACUACUCUGGGCUGGACAUCGAGAGGAGAAACUGCCACGGCUUCACCGCUCUGAUGAAAGCUGCCAUGCAGGGAAGGGUGGAAUGUGUGCGCUCUCUCAUGAUGGCAGGAGCUGCCCUGAAUGCCAGGGACUUUGGCCGCCACUUGACUGCCAGGGAGUGGGCCAUUUUUACGGGCCGUUAUGAAACUGCUUGGGUGAUGACGCGUCUGAUGGAGCGGCCCUGUGCCCGCCAGUACAGUGAUACGUACAGUCUAGAGUGGCCCCCACUGGCAUCACUGGUAGCUAAAGCCCAGGAGCCCCGUGGCUGUCUGAAGCGCCUGUCGGAUACCGUGCGAAAUGUCUUCAACAUCGCGAAUGUCACUAACCCAGAGGAGGAAGGUGUCAUCGACCACAUGGUUUCUAUUACAACUGCCAUGAGGAGCCCUUUCAUUGCUGUGGCAUGCCAUACAGUGUGUCCUGACAGCCCCCCAAGUGUGGGCAUACGGCGCCAUGCAGUUCCUGAGAUCAUCCGCCAGCAGCGUGCCAAGGAGCUCCGCUCCAUCGACCCUGACAGGGUGGACAGCCACCUCAAACUCUUCCAGAACUCCCGGGUCACACUGGUGGCCAAGAACUCAGUAGAACGCAGGGCCAGCCUUCAGGCCCAGAGUCUGGUGCCUCGACAGAGGAGCUCCAGCCUGGGCAUCGUGGCUCAUAACGAAGCCCUGGAGCUGCGGAGAACCAGCCUGCUGCCCGUGCACAUGGUGCUGAGGAGGAGCAGCGUCAGGCCAGGGUUCAGCAUCCCCAAAGUGAGGGUGUCCAAGGCCCCCACGCCCACUUAUGAACCAGAAAAGAUCCGGAGGAAGAGCAGCACCAAAGAUGGAGGGGGGCAGCUGCUGCAGAUACCAAAGUGGCGGUACAAGGAGCUAAAAGAAGAAAGAAGGAAAGCUGAGGAUGCUGAGAGGAGGAGACUGGAGGCUAUAACCAAGAGACACCUUGCUGCCGGGAAAAGGAAAUAAUAUCAUUGCCUCGGAGUAUGUUAUGGACACUGCCCCAAAGAGAGACAAAAUCUGGACAGACCAUAAAGUUGGACAGAUUUGGCUUUAAUGUUUUUCUCAAUAUAUGUGCUCAGGGUGAGCUUAGAAUUACCAGCAAUGUUGCUAAAAGAGGACAGAAGACUGAAGUUUGCUUUUGUCUGCUCAGUUUUGCAAGGGGGAUGCCGGUUGGCCUCUUAAAAAUGGCUGCUGAAGCAUUAGAAGUGUACGAUGCUCAGUGUCCUUUAUGAUGUCAGACAGUGAAUACCCAGGAGAUUUGAUACUUGAAUGUUUUUAGCUAACUUAUUUUUCAUAUUUAUUGCUUUUUAAUGGAUGGCCAAGUCUAUAUGGUUUUGUAGUGUGUUACGCUGUAUUGGAGCAGAAGACACUUCUUAACACACAUUCUUUCAGACUGUAACCACAGCAGAAAUGUGUUCAUCAUUCUGCCUAAAAAAUGGAAGCUUUUAUUAAAGAUGUUAUGGAAUAAUGUCUUUAAAAGAUUCAGUGGAGAAUACUAAUGGGUGUGUCAUAUUGACUGAGAAAGCUAAACUCAAGCUUAUAUAGAAUCUAAUGGCAUUUGACAGCAAUGUUUUUAGAUGCUUUUUGUUUUACUUUAUAAUGACCCAAACCCUUGAAUGUAUUUCACAUAUAUAUUUUAUAUUAGAGAUUUUAAUGCUUUUUGAUGACAAACUUUUUAUUUUUUAAUCCAUAUGAACUUUUUUCACAUACUGAUAUACAAACAACUAUGUUUUGUAGUCUUAAUGUUUGAGACCAAGACUGAAAUGUAGAGCACUAUUGUGAUGUAACACUUAAAUCUUACCAUGUGGGAAGAAAGUUCAAACUCUUCCCAAAUGUUUGGAUUGCAAAAUGACAUUAACACUGGUUAUAAUAGUGAUAAACUAACAAGAUGUUGAACUCUAAGAUGUGUGAGUUUGGUGUAUACAGGGUACAGAUGAUGGGAACAAAAUAAACACUUCUGCUAACGGUGA